AUGGUUAGUGAGGCAUCUCCUAUUCGUCGAAAUAAUAAUACACAAACUCCGGUAACCGAUGAUGAUAUUCGAGAAUUUAAACUAUGGGUAAAAUUCGCUAGUGCUGCUUAUUGUAAUGUAACAGAUUGGAAUUGUGGUAAAGCAUGUUUAGGAGAAACUGCUGGUACACGACUUAUUAAGUUCUUUUCAAAUACGGUUCCAAGGGAUAAUAACGGUUAUGUAGCAAUAAAUGAUAAAGAAAAAUCGAUAAUAGUUGGUUAUAGAGGUACAGCUGAUGUUAAAAGUUUUGUAUCUGAUACAGAAUUUUUUCAAACUCCAUUCGUUAAUUCUAAAUUUAAGGAUGCAAAAGUACAUUCCGGAUUUUUCGCUACUUAUAAUGAUACGAGAGAAGAAAUUACUAAAUUACUUAAAGAUUUAAUUAAAAAAAAUCCUGAUUAUAAAGUUAUUUCAACUGGACAUUCAUUAGGUGGUUCAUUAGCAGUAUUUCAAACAUUAGAUUUAAUUGAUACUCCUGAAUUAAAUCCUUCUAACCUUAUAACUUAUACUUAUGGUGAACCACGUACUGGUAAUCAGGAUUUUGCUAAAUUUGUUCAAAGUACCGGUUUUAAAUUUUUUAGAAUUGUAAAUAGAAAUGAUAUUAUACCUCAUUUACCCCCUCAAUCAUUUAAAUAUAAUCAAUAUGGCCCUGAAUUUUGGGUUGACCCGGAAAAGAAUAUUGUAGAAUGUUCUACAGCCGAAGAUGAAACUUGUAGUAAUUCUCAAGUACCAAAUUUAUCAAUAAUUUCACAUGCAAAUUAUUUUGAUACUGCGUUUUUAUUAACUUGUUUAGCUAAAUAA